CCGCUCCUCCUGCGUCGUCACUUCCGGUGCGGCCCAGCGAGUCGCGCCGUCGCUAGGAGACGUGCGCGGUGACGUCAGUGCCGGGCGUCGCUGCCGGUCAGCUGGUGGCCGAGACGGUGCGGGUCUGAGCGCGGCGGGCACUGCGGCAGAGGCCGCGGUGGGCACGGCGCCGCCAUGGGCGAGCUGUUCCGCAGCGAGGAGAUGACCCUGGCCCAGCUUUUCCUGCAGUCCGAGGCCGCGUACUGCUGUGUCAGCGAACUGGGCGAACUGGGGAAGGUGCAGUUUCGCGACCUGAACCCGGACGUGAAUGUGUUCCAGCGUAAAUUUGUUAAUGAAGUCAGGAGGUGUGAAGAAAUGGACCGAAAGCUCCGAUUCGUUGAAAAGGAGAUCAAAAAAGCAAAUAUUCCUAUCAUGGACACAGGUGAAAACCCAGAGGUCCCAUUUCCACGUGACAUGAUUGACUUGGAGGCAAACUUUGAGAAAAUUGAAAAUGAGCUUAAAGAAAUCAACACAAAUCAGGAAGCUCUGAAGAGAAACUUCUUGGAGUUGACAGAGUUAAAAUUUAUACUGCGUAAAACUCAGCAAUUUUUUGAUGAGGCUGAAUUGCAUCAUCAGCAGAUGGCGGAUCCCGACCUGUUGGAGGAAUCCUCUUCGCUCCUGGAGCCAAGUGAGAUGGGAAGAGGUGCCCCGCUACGGCUUGGGUUUGUGGCUGGAGUGAUCAACCGCGAGCGAAUCCCCAUGUUUGAGCGCAUGCUGUGGCGAGUGUGCCGAGGGAACGUGUUCCUGCGUCAGGCAGAAAUUGAAAACCCCCUGGAGGAUCCCGUGACGGGGGAUUAUGUGCACAAGUCUGUGUUUAUCAUCUUCUUCCAAGGUGACCAGUUGAAGAACAGAGUCAAGAAGAUAUGUGAAGGAUUCCGUGCCUCCCUCUACCCGUGUCCAGAAACACCCCAGGAGCGGAAGGAAAUGGCUUCUGGUGUCAAUACCAGAAUUGAUGAUCUCCAGAUGGUGCUGAACCAAACAGAGGAUCAUCGCCAAAGAGUUCUGCAGGCAGCUGCUAAAAAUAUUCGGGUCUGGUUCAUCAAAGUACGCAAGAUGAAGGCCAUCUACCAUACCCUGAAUCUGUGCAAUAUUGAUGUGACACAGAAGUGCUUGAUUGCUGAAGUCUGGUGUCCUGUAGCUGACCUCGAUUCUAUCCAGUUUGCUCUCAGGAGAGGCACUGAGCACAGUGGUUCCACUGUCCCAUCUAUUUUAAAUAGGAUGCAAACCAAUCAGACCCCACCAACAUACAACAAAACUAACAAGUUUACGUGUGGCUUUCAGAACAUUGUUGAUGCUUAUGGCAUUGGAACUUAUCGGGAAAUAAAUCCAGCCCCAUACACGAUCAUUACCUUCCCGUUUCUGUUUGCUGUGAUGUUUGGAGAUUUUGGCCAUGGAAUCCUGAUGACUCUGAUUGCUAUCUGGAUGGUGCUUAGAGAGAGUCGUAUUCUGUCACAGAAAAGUGACAAUGAGAUGUUCAACACUGUUUUUAGUGGUCGAUACAUCAUCCUGCUGAUGGGACUGUUCUCCACUUACACAGGCCUUAUCUAUAACGACUGCUUCUCCAAGUCUCUUAAUAUGUUUGGUUCAUCGUGGAGUGUCCGGCCGAUGUUCUCAAAAGCUAAUUGGUCAGAUGAACUGCUUAAGACUACUCCUCUGCUUCAGCUGAACCCUGCUGAAGCAGGAGUGUUUGGUGGACCCUAUCCCUUUGGCAUUGACCCGAUCUGGAAUAUCGCCAGCAAUAAACUGGCCUUCCUCAACUCAUUUAAGAUGAAAAUGUCUGUGAUUCUUGGCAUUAUCCACAUGCUCUUUGGUGUCAUGUUGAGUCUUCUCAACCACAUAUAUUUUAAGAAGCCACUGAACAUAUACCUUGGAUUUAUUCCAGAAAUGAUUUUCAUGUCAUCGCUGUUUGGAUACCUUGUUAUUCUCAUUUUCUACAAAUGGACAGCCUACGAUGCUCACACAUCAAAGGAGGCUCCAAGCCUUUUAAUACAUUUUAUCAACAUGUUUUUGUUUUCUUAUGGUGAUACCAGUAACAAGAUGCUUUAUAAAGGGCAGAAAGGACUCCAGUGUUUCCUUGUGGUGGUGGCAUUACUGUGUGUGCCGUGGAUGCUGGUAGCUAAACCUCUGGUCCUUCGCCACCAGUAUUUAAGGAGAAAGCACUUGGAAGGGCAACCCGUGGAGGCCCAAGUCAGCACAGUCCCGAACGAGCAGGCACUAGAGGCAGCAGCGGCUGCGACAGGAACGCACAACUUCGGUGGGAUUCGGGUGGGCAACGGACCAACGGAGGAGGAUGCUGAGAUCAUCCAACACGAUCAGUUAUCCACCCAUUCUGAGGAGGGCGAGGAGUUCGACUUUGCUGAUACUGUGGUGUACCAGGCCAUCCACACCAUUGAGUACUGCCUGGGGUGCAUCUCUAACACUGCGUCCUAUUUGAGGCUCUGGGCUCUCAGCUUAGCCCAUGCACAGCUCUCGGAGGUGCUCUGGACCAUGGUGAUCCACACUGGGCUCAGCGUGAGGAGUCUGGCUGGAGGCUUUGGCCUCUUCUUCAUAUUUGCUGCUUUUGCUACCCUGACGGUAGCAAUUCUCCUGGUCAUGGAGGGUCUGUCUGCUUUUCUCCACGCUCUUCGCUUGCACUGGAUUGAGUUCCAGAACAAGUUCUACACUGGCACGGGGUUCAAGUUCCUCCCCUUCUCCUUUGACACCAUCCGUGAGGGGAAGUUUGACGAUUAGCAUCCCCUCUGCUCCAGCAGUGGUACCCCUGUGCUUCGUGUCCCGUGUGUGAGUUGCACGUGUGCCCCAUAGUGAAUAUAACUUAUUGCAGCAGUCUGAGCGUUACCGUGAAGUUUGAAAGCCAAGAGCUUCGACAUCCCUGAGUAAUGAGUGACACUUGAUCCAAGAAACUUCUUCCUUAUGUUUACCGCUGAUACUAAGUGCAUGGUGUGUCCGUUUGGUGUAAUAGUGUGCUUCUCGUGCUGUGAAUUUCCUGGCAGGUCUAUCAGGGUACUAUGAGAAUAACGCAGCUACAGCUGAGUGGGCAGAGCAGCACGUGGAGGAGAGGGCAGAGUACCUUCACCUUGCACAAAACUUUCUGCUCAGGAAAAGAAAUUUGGAAGGAAGUUUUGUGUGUGACUCCUCCGUGUGUGCCUGCAGGAUGGCAGCGGAGGGGCAGGGCCUGCUUCCCCCCCUCCAGCUUCCACCUGCACCUUGUUUCCAGCUGCCAGGGGCGGCCUCGGCCCUCCCUGUGCUGUCACGCGUGGGUGCAGAGCGGUCUCCAUGCUGAUGUGGCUCAGCUCCCUCCCCGCUGCAGAUGCUGCUUUUUCUCCCGUGCAAGUUGUGAGUCAUCUCCCACCCUUCUCCCCCCGGUGUAGGCGCAGUGGUGUGUGCCGUGCUGUGCGUGUUGUGCUGUGUGUAACUGUGUCAGUUUGACGUGGUGCAGCGUUGCGUGUGAACAGAGCAGAACAGUAACAUGAAUCCUCGCAGCCUGGAAUGGAGCUGGGAGCGGUGGAAGCGGUGCACGCGUCUCCUGCAGCGCUGUCACGCGUGUGUGGAGCGUCCUCCCGAUGCGUGCGGACAGCGAUGGGGGCAGGGGCGGCGGGUACGGAACGGGACUUCCCCCGCCGCGUGGCUGGGAAUCACUGUGCGCAUUAAACGCGGUCACUGUGUGCAUUAAAGGCGCUGCGCUGCACAAC